AUGGAUACGUGUGUUUUAAUACCAAAAUCAUUCGCUUUGGUCACAACAUCUCUUUCGACCACUAACGGAUCGGAAAUAACUGUUUGGUCAACGAAAGACAUCGACAAAGGGACACUCUUUUAUCCCUUUCAAGGCACCGUUCGCACCGAUAAACUAGAAAAUUUGAACUAUCUAGAUGAUGAUGAUAUACGGUAUAGAUUUGGACUUUAUGAUGAAAUGUCAUACAAUUAUGGAAAGCCAGUAAGGUAUUGCAAUUGGAUCAGAUUUCUUCGAGUUGCUCCCACAUACGACUCCAGCGUCAAUUUAAUAUGUACAAAGGUUAAAGGGGAUCCCAUAUAUGAGGCAAUUAAACCAAUAACGACACAUCAGGAGCUGCUCGUGUAUUAUAUUAACGAACGUCCAGAAGAGAUUAUAUUCUUACGCUUACGUUCAUCAAUUUAUCGACAAACAAUGGAUUCCAUUUUACAAGAUACUCCCCUAGACCUCUCCUUAUCACUAAUGCAUACGGUCACAAACCUGCCAGUGUCUCCAUCAGCAAGCGAGGAUGAACAAAAAUCCAUAUUAAGUGAUUCAUCUGGUUCCUUAUUAUCGCUGAACGACACCAUCAAUGAUAAUUUUAAAAGUGCGCCAAUGAAUUUUGUUGAUCAACUAUUGAGUACCAAAAGUACUGAAAAAUCAAUAAAACUUAAUGUUAACAAUACUAAAAACCAAACUCCGAAGAAACCAACUGUAAAGAAUGAACGUUUGCUUCUACCCUGCGAUGUGUGCCGAAAGGCCUUCGACAGACCGAGUCUUUUGAAAAGACACAUGAGGACACAUACGGGUGAAAAGCCACAUGUGUGCAUGGUCUGUGGUAAAGGAUUUAGCACAUCCAGCUCAUUAAAUACACACAAAAGAAUUCAUUCCGGUGAGAAGCCCCACGAAUGUCAAGUAUGCGGGAAGAGAUUUACAGCUAGUUCUAACCUAUAUUACCAUCGAAUGACUCACAUUAAGGUAAAAUUAAAAAAUUUAAACUGUCACUUCUCUCUCCCUUUGAAUAUUGAAAUUCCCAAGUUAUUACUUGAGUUCAGUUCAGUUUCCACUGCAGAAAAACCUCAUAAGUGCACCUUGUGCUCCAAAUCUUUUCCAACACCUGGAGAUCUAAAGUCCCACACCUAUGUCCACAGUGGAUCCUGGCCUUUCAAAUGUAAUAUAUGCUUCCGUGGAUUUUCAAAGCAAACGAAUUUGAAGAACCACCUCUUUCUCCACACGGGAAACAAGCCACACGGGUGCGAAUUAUGCAAAAAGAGAUUCGCUUUGGCAUGCAACUUACGCGCUCAUAUGAAGACACAUGAAGGUGAUCCCCAGGAUGAAUGCGUUCGCUGUGGAAAAGUAUUUAUUAAUAAUUCUAGUACGACGUUUGGACAAGGAGAAUUCGGAAUCUGCUCAAGAUGCUUAGGAGUAGCGGAUGAUACGAAUAAGACUGCUUCUCAAUCAGAAAAUGGCAUGACUACAGAAGAUGAAUAUGAGUCCUCAGGCGGAACUGAGUGUAGCGACAAAUAG